GGAGCUGUGAGAAGUUGUGCUCUCUGAGAGACUGAGCUGUAUACACCAUAUCAGGCACAAGGAAGGAGGCCCUGAGACUUUGAACCACCAACCUGCAUCUAUUUGAUUGAAGUUGCAAAAUUUAUGGGACAAACCCAAGGAAGCAUAUCGUCGUUGUGGAAAAUUUGAUAUAAUCUGCUCCAAAGUAAGAGCCAAGGAUGUUUGCAUUGCUUUACGUUACAAGUUUUGCCAUCUAUACAAGUGGACAAUCUCUUCACAACCAGCUCAAAGGAGAAAAUUACUACGCGAGAUAUAUUUGUAGCAUUCCUGGCUUGCCGGGCCCUGCAGGUCCCCCCGGAGCUAAUGGAUCACCAGGCCCUCAUGGGCGUAUUGGUCUUCCAGGAAGAGAUGGUAGAGAUGGCAGGAAAGGAGAAAGGGGUGAAAAAGGGAAUGCAGGUUUAAGAGGCAAGACUGGACCUUUAGGAACAACUGGAGAUAAAGGAGACCCAGGACAGUCUGGUAAAAAAGGACCUACAGGAUUGGUUGGUGCCAAAGGUGAAGUGGGUCCAGCUGGACCACCUGGACCUAAGGGAGAUAAAGGAGACCGCGGAGAACAAGGUGUACCAGGGAUCUGUAAGUGUGGAAGGAUAGUGCUGAAAUCUGCCUUUUCUGUUGGCAUCACUACGAGCUACCCAGAAGAAAGAUUACCAAUCGUAUUCAAUAAAGUCCUUUUCAAUGAGGGUGAGCAUUACAAUCCUUCCACAGGGAAGUUUAUAUGUGCCAUUCCAGGGAUCUACUACUUCUCUUAUGAGAUCACCUUAGCAAAUAAGCAUCUUGCAAUUGGUCUGGUUCAUAAUGGAAAAUACCGAAUAAAGACAUUUGACGCUAACACAGGAAACCAUGACGUAGCUUCUGGAUCCACGGUGAUCUAUCUUCAGGCAGAAGAUGAAGUGUGGCUUGAGAUCUUCUACACUGACCAAAAUGGUCUCUUUGCAGAUCCCACUUGGUCAGACAGCUUGUUUUCUGGAUUUCUCUUAUAUGUUGAUACAGAUUAUCUCGAUGCCUUAUCUGAUGACGACGAACUGUGAUAUGGGAGAUGUCAAAACAUCUCCAAACAAACUAGACAAUCUGACACAGGAUUUGAUUUGGAGUGUAUAGGAGACAAAACAAUAAUGAUAUGAGCUGGAAUUUUAUUUUUGUAUUGAUGGGACCACAGAAGAAGAAGAAGAAGGUUUCUAGCCUCUAUGUAGAACAUUUUACCAAAGAGCAGGGAUAACAAAAUUAAUAAUAUACUAAUGAAUGACUGUCACUCCAGACCUGGAUCCUCUUAAAGAUUAUGUUUAUAAUAAUAUUUAAACAAAUUUAAGAUAAUGUACAUCAAAUUGUAUAUAAAAUAUAUUGAGUUGUGAAGUGACUGAUAGAGUGGUAAAGACUUAUUAAACCUGUGGAUACUUUGUAUUUGUUAUUAAAGGAAAAUUUAAUGCCUGACAUCACUAACAGCCUUGGUCAUUCUAGGGAGGUAAAUAUUUAAGAGAUAGAUGUGAUAAGAAAUUUAGAAAGUAGAAUGAAAUAAUACAGUAAUGGCCAUUUGAGAGUGAUGGACCCUGAAAGACCAUUACUUUACUUCAGUCAUAUACCAACACCUACAAAAGACAUAUAGAGCCAGAUGACUUCUGAACAGAGCCAUGCAGAUUUACACCAGCUGAAUAUCUGGCUCAAUUACAUUAAUUAAAAGGAGACCAGAACCAA